UGAGAAGUGAAAUGUUGAAAUCCUAUGCACAAAUAUAGUUGAGACUUGAGAGAAAAAAUGUAGUUCUCCUGGGCAUUGGGCAACAACAAUUACCAAUUGCCAAUGCCAUGGCAAAAGCACUAGACUCCCAUUUCUUAGCUCUCACUUCCAUUGUCACUGUGUGUUAUCAGUUCAUUUUCUUUGUUGUCACUGCUCUUCUCAAGUUUGAUAAAGUCACUGACUUUGCUGGGAGCACAAAUUUUAUCAUACUUUCUGUAUUGACUCUAGUCAUCAAAGGUUCAUGGCACUUUAGACAGGUAGUUUUGAGUUUGCUCGUGCUAGUAUGGGGUCUACGUUUGGGGCUGUUUCUUCUAAUGAGAAUUUUUCAAUGGGGAGAGGACCGUCGAUUUGAUAAGAUGCGUAAUAAUUUGGGGAAACUGGUCGUAUUCUGGAUCUUUCAGGCUAUGUGGGUAUGGACUGUGAGCUUACCGGUGACAAUCGUCAAUGCUAGUGGCAAGAAUCCAUCGAUUCAAGCACUAGAUAUAAUUGGAUGGAUUAUGUGGUCCAUAGGGUUUUCUCUUGAAGCUACAGCUGAUCAGCAGAAACUUUCAUUCAAAAAUUUACCACGUAAUAGAGGCAAAUGGUGUAAUGUUGGAGUUUGGAAGUUCUCCCGUCAUCCAAACUACUUCGGAGAGAUUUUUCUUUGGUGCGGAAUUUUUCUCAGCUCAAUACCAGUUCUUGAAGGUGCUGAGUGGCUUGUUAUCGUUGGGCCAGUGUUCCUAACACUGCUGCUCUUUUUUCUCAGUGGAAUACCAUUGCUCGAGGAUUCUGCAGAUAAGAAAUUUGGCAAUGUGGCUGAGUACAGGCUAUAUAAGAAAGUUACAAGCCCUCUCUUUCCUUUGCCACCGGAAGUAUAUGGAAAUCUGCCUUUGUGGUUCAAGAAGAUUUUCCUCUUCGAGUUUCCACUCUACAAUCGAAAUCUUCCCCGAGAAAGCUUUUUGGUGUUUAAGCUCUCAACCUAAAGAUCUAAGCUGGGAGUAUGCUUCACAGAAGGUGCGUAUCAUGAUUGAUUAAGGGCAGUAAAGUCAGAAGCUUCAAACAGAAGAAUCAAGCUAUCUAACCAGAAGACUCAGCACAUGUCCUUCCUUCUGAAAGAUCUUCUUAUAGGAGCUUAUCGUUUAGGAUCCUUUUCCUAGUCAACUUCUUGUAUGGGUUUAUAUUUUUUCUGUCCUGUGUCUGAAGGAUGCAAGUAGUAGGGUGAUCUAGCAUUUAUUGUUGGAUCAAGACUGGUAGAAUUAUUCUGGGUAUUGCUUUGGUUCACCAUAUCAGCAACUUGAAAAAUUCAGCAAUCAAGAAAUGCAAGAGACACAAAAAUUUGCACAGAAA